UUGUUACUCAUGUAGUGAUACUACUUACUAAUCUUGCUUAACAUCAUCAACCAUGUUGGUGGUUUGAUGGAAUGAGGAUUUAGUUGUUGUUGAGUGGACAAAGGAGAAAAGGGAAUCUGCUUUACUUGUUGUUUGAUGAGCUGUUAGCUAAUCCCAUUGUUUGUUGUCUAUCUAUGUCUACUUUAUGCUCUCAAGACUGAAAGGUUCACUUUCUUGUCUGAAGGGAAGCGUUUUUUUACCCUUUUGCUGAGCAUGGAAGUAGUAGACUUGAUCUUAGGGUUUUUGAAGGAACAGGUAAAAAACUAGCUGGUUACUGACUAGUAGAUUAUAUUCCAUUUACUUUUUCUCCACCAUUUAUCUAAGCUACAAUGAGGGUUUUCUUUAACUUUAACUUCCUCUCAGUCCUAUAAAGCUGCCAAGCUAUUUGUUCCUUGUUUAGUCCUGCAAGAUAUCUCUUCAGCCAACUUAGUCAAAAUUCACUUUACCCUUUAAUCAUAUGCAAUUGUUUAUUUCUAGAUGCAGCAGCCCUGGUGUGAUCAAACUGUUGUUGAGUCAGGAUUGUGCUGAUUGAUUGGUGUAUAUGUAUAAAUAGGUUACUUUCUUAGUUGAAACUGUUUAGGAACUGUUUUAGUUCAAAUGGGGGGUUCGGAAAAUGCAAUGGGGUUUCAACACGGAAAUGAGAGCAUUUUGACUUGUCCAUCUUCAGGUCUAGGUGCAAAUGUUUCAGAAAUGGCUAUUAGUUCUGUGUCUUUGGCUAAGCCUUCAGAUGCAGCUAAUCCUUUUCUUGCUGCUUCUGCUUGGGAUCCACUUGUUUCCUUGACUCAGGCUCAAACUUUUGGAGGCUCUUCAAUGGUUUCUCAUAGUGAGUUUGCCAAUGCCAAUUCUUCAUAUCCUCCUCUUGUUUUGGAAAAUCAGGGAAUCAGCAACACUUCCCACCUUGUUCAAUACAUGUCUGACUCAAAUCUUGGUGGCAUGGUCCCCAAGGUUCACUCCUAUGCAAGUGGUGGUUUCUCAGAAAUGGUUGGUGGUGGCUCUUUUAGCCAACAUGGGUCUGGUGACAUAGCUAACACAGUGUACCCCCAACAUUAUAAUCCCAUUCAGGAGGCUCCAAUUAAUGAUGAACAAUCUCAUGUUGAGGACUCAACUCCUGAAGAGGAAGCACCAGGAUCUGCACCUAGUGGGAAUAGAAGAAAGAGAGGGCUUGAUCAUAAUUCUACUUUUGGAACAAAUAAGAAUGCUGAGAGUGAUGGGGUGAAAGAUUCUCCUGGGAAGAGCUCUGAUGGUCCAAAAGAACAUGAAAAGAAACCAAAAGUUGAGCAGAAUAGUAGUGCAGAUUUGCGCGGUAAGCAAUCAGUGAAGCAAACUAAAGACAACAAUUCUCAGUGUGGAGAAGCUCCCAAAGAUAAUUUCAUUCACGUGAGAGCGAGAAGAGGUCAAGCCACGAACAGCCACAGCCUUGCUGAAAGGGUGAGAAGAGAAAAGAUUAGUGAGCGAAUGAGGUUGCUUCAAGAACUUGUUCCAGGGUGCAACAAGAUAACUGGCAAAGCUGUAAUGCUGGAUGAGAUAAUCAACUACGUGCAAUCACUCCAGCAACAGGUUGAGUUUUUGUCCAUGAAACUUGCCACAGUGAACCCAGAACUGAACUUUGAUGUAGAGCGGAUCCUAUCCAAGGAUUCGCGCAUAGGACAUGGAAUUGGUGGAUACGGUUCUGGAAUCAGCUCCUCCCAUCCAUUCCCCAAUGGAAGUUUCCAGGGAACACUAGCUGGCAUGCCUAGUACAUCAACACAAUACCCUCCUUUGCCUCAGACUGUUUUAGACCACGAGUUCCAAAGCUUCUUUGGAAUGGGAUUCGAUUCUAGUACAUCACUUGACAACUUGGGACCCAAUGGGAGGUUGAAAACGGAGUUAUAGCGUGUGGAAAAUAUAGCCUUGUUACUACAACAAAGACUUUGGAAUUUUUCUGUUGACUGCACAAUUUAACCCAAGUUGGAAAGAGGGGAACAUAGAGAAGGAAAGAAAAAUAAAGUGUUUAGUUGUAUAGGAUCUAAAUCUUAAUACCUAACUAUUGGCUCUUCGAAUUUUUCGCAGAAGAUGACUUGUUACAUUUAUCAAUUGGAAAAUGAGUUACACAUAUAAUGCGAAUGCGUGUGAAAUCUAGAUCAUUCAGAACAAGUUGAAGUGGUCUUAUUUAAUGACAUGGAGAGCAAUAUUUGAGGAGCAUAAGAGUAAAAGUGUGUGCAACUACUAUUACUUUUAUGUAUAGAGUUGCCGGGCUAGGUUUUUUGAAGCUCAUUGUUUUAAACAGUGUUGCAGAUUAGAUAAUGUGUGUAUUUUUGCAAGGGUUAAUGUUGUCCUUGUGUUGUUCUUUUGCAAAGGAAAAAAUGUAACGAAUGAGGAUAUAGAGAUGAAAGUGUUGCAACCUGUACCAUGGUGAGAGAUUGUUUUUAGAUCAGUGCUUCAAAGAUUGGCCCU